AUGAUUGCGCCAGAAAAGAUGGUGGACUGCUCGAGAAAGAAUGAUUUGAAUCUAAACACCGGAUUCCAUUACGGAGUGAAUCUAUGCCCGAAAGCUACAAUGAUUUCCAAGCGUUCUACAGUCAAGUUACUAUUGGUUGGCUUGCGUUUAGAAUACUGCGCUGUAAAUCCGGCAAUGGACCCGUUCCGGUCAUGUGACCUGGUUUCUAUUGCCUCUUAG